AUGGAGAAACAGAUUUCCGUGGACCCGGUGUCGCUGAGACCGCCGCCGAUUGUGACGGCGGCUCCAAAGAUUCCGCCGCCGCCGCCUCUCACCAGCUGCAGCCUUCCCAGCUCCCCGCGGUUCGGGUACUGGCUGAAGAAGAAAUUCAAGAAUGAAAGCGAGGCCUCCCCCCGUCAUCGUCAUAACCAUCCCCUGCUCAAGCUGGAGCAAGAAAUUCACUUGCGGCGGAGCAAGUCGUGCGCCGAAGGGAGAUCGAGCGGGGUCGACGAGCUCGACAUUUGGUUCAGGAAUCCCGGCGAACCCACCACCACCACCGAAUCCGGCGCCAACUCCUCGCCAGCGGCCGGGAAGAAGAAACGCGAGGUGGAUCUGGACAACGAUGAUGACGAAUUCAAAUGUGGCGCGCUCUGCAGUUUGUACCUCCCGGGAUUCGGCGGCGUCGGGAAGACGACGAAGCCGUCGGGGGCGGCGACGGCGGUGGUGAGGGAGAGCGUCAUUUCGAGGACGGUGUCUCUGGAGAAAUUCGAGUGCGGUUCGUGGGCUUCGUCGGCGUUCAUCAACGACGGAGGGGAGGAGUCCACGCGUUUUUACUACGAUUUGCCGAUGGAGCUGAUAAAGACCGGCGGGAACGGGACUAACUCGCCGGUGGCGUCGGCGUUUGUGUUCGAGAAGGACCGGAGAGGGGCAUUGAAGAGCUGUUCGGCGCGGAGGAAGUCUCACGAGUCGUCUUCCAGGCACGUCCGGUUUUCUUCGUCGUCGUCGUCUUCGACUUCGAAUCCUUCGUCGCCGGCGGCGUGCAUCACGCCCCGGUUGCGAAAGGCGAGGGAGGAAUUCAACGCCUUCCUGGAAGCGGAAGCAAGGAGCGCCUGA